AUGGCUUUUUUCCACGAUAACCCGGUGAUCAACGCUAUUCACCGGCUGCUAAGGCGGCCUGCGGACGCGGCCAUGUGGCUGUUCACGGCAAUGGUCGUCACAGGUACGGUGUACACGCUGGCGUGGCCGAACGUGAUUGGAGGCGGUGGACGUAAGCGGAGGCUAGGAGGAGCCUCAAGCGACGAGACGGAACCUACGCCAAGCGGAGGAGACGCGUCGAGCGCAGCGCGUGACUGA